AUGGACAACAUUGCUACCACACAAUCUGGUUCAGAGCUGGUUUACACCAACACCUUGAAAAGUGUCCAACCGUACACUCUGGUCAGACGCACGCCCUCCCUCAUCCUCCCUCUGGCCUGCCGCAUCCCUGGAGUCCAGGCAAAGGGGCCGAAGUUCCAGCUCGGCAUUCCCACAGAGAAGGAGACCUUUGGUGCUGUGAGGUAUUGGAUAGAAUUUUACAGUCCUGGAUAUGGGCCAUUUGCAAAAUUCACACGCGACCCAGAGCUCCGAACCCUCCGAAUGGCUCCAAGUCGAAUACGUCGAGAAGUGGAACCUCUAUCAGAGAUAAACACUCCUUCCAGCAGCAACUCCAGCAGCUUCACCAAUUACACCACCCCCAGCAGCUCCCCCAACAGAACCACUGCCAGUUUCAUCGACUCUACUACUAGAAUGGAAGUCGGGUCCAAGCUUAACGUGCUGGACCUCCAUGUGAGGUCCAACUGCAGCAUCAAUCGAGCCGAGAUGAUAGUCAGCAACUGUUUACAGUCUGAGACGGAGGAUUUUGCUGUGUCAUUCCCCAUUCUGAACCAAGGGUGUACAACUUCUAACAGCACAUUAGAGGUUAUUACAACAAACCUCAAUACAAAGAUUUACCGGCUUGAUUUGAGCAACUUGAAGACCAAGGGGACAACUGUACGUGAUUUCAUGCAACACACUCAAACAUAACAUUUUCUAAAUUCUUUCAUUCAUUUAAAAUUCCCCAUGACAAGUCUUGUGGGAUAAAUGAGUAAAUAAUAUCAUAAAUACAUCGAACCUUUUUGGUGGAAAAAAAGGAUGUAAAUAUUUGAUUAAGGCACGUAUAGACCGCAGUGAUGAAGAGGAACUAUGUAGA